GUCUUACCGAUCGCCAUUUCAAAUCGAUUAUUAUUGGCUAAUAAUCAACUUAAUAUGUUUUUAACGUUGUUAGUAUAUGAACUGAAGGUGAUAUUAUUCGCGAUUCGUUUAUUAAACGAUAUGUCUUAAAUUAGAUGUACAGUGACUAUAAAAAAUUUGCGAUCUACAUCAUUGCAUCUGCGUAAUAAUUAAUUAGAUCCAAGUAUAUUAAAUUUUGCAUCAUCUAUCUAGUAAUGAAUAUUCUCACAUGAGUAUGAAAAUUUAAUACGUACCUGAUAAAAAGAUACGUCAUGAAAUAAGGGUAUAUAUAUACAAAUACUUUUCUUAGCCAUUGUAUAUAUUUUCGUGAUGAUAGAAUUGUUUAUUGUUGAACUAUUCUUGCUAGGAAGAGGAGAGAAUGGAAAAUUUCGUUGAUACCGAUGCGACGUUGUUACGUAGAUUGCAUCGCGAAUAAGAGCUUCUUGUCUACUUUAAAACGUAUUUACAUACCUCACGGCGGUGAAAAGUCAAGGGAAUCGACGAAGAUAACCGCACGCGCUACCGAAUGUUAUCUCGUUUCCCCUCCGGGAGAGUCCGAGGUAUUCGAGUCGUGAUUGCAAAAUAUCUCGUGAUAUGUAUAAACAUCACGAAACGAUAUUGAAUUUUUCAAUUGACAAAUUGACUUGACAAACGACCUCAAAAAAUUCAAGAAGAAACUAAUUCAUCUUUCUAACGUCUUUUCGUUUUAUCACCUUCGUCUUACACGAAAGCUGUUUUCCUUUACGAAAUUGCUACGGGAAUUUAUUGGACGUGAAUAUACUUGAUAGCAACAUUCUCGUAGAUUUACACACCCCCAUUCGACUGGUAUUUCAGCGAAGUAUCUUGGAGGAUGCGCAUAGAACACGUGAAGAGGAAGCUAUAUAAAAGUAAAUACAAUAUCGGCGCAACACGCAUCCUUCCUUUCAGCAGAUAAAUAACGAGGUAAUCACAUCUGUGAACCAAUGAGCCAAAAGAUACCAGGUUUCCGGUGAACGAAUGCGCCACGAUAACGAAACACCACCGCGAUCCAUAAACCGCUAUAUUAGUGAAAACAACACUGUUCGACUACAUAUGUAUAAGUUUCCUCUGGCUACCCCCUUUGUAUCGUCAUCGACGUCGUCAUCGUGAUGAAACCGUGGUAUAUAGAAUCGAUAGAGCGGGGUGCCAUAGCUGGCCGGUUACGCUCCUGACCUUGAUUGCGGCCAACGCACACGUCGAGAUGCGACGCAGGUAGGGGAUGUGGCGACGACACGGGUAGACGAAUAUAUGUAUAGUACGCACGAAUCGCUCGAGGAUAACAUCUCGUAGCCCAGGGAAAGCUAUAGCAGAGACCUGUAUGUGAAGAGUAAGAGGAAGAGGAGGAAAUGUAGAGAGAAGCGUGCAAGAGAAGUAGGAGAGAAAGGGGGUAAGUUGGAUGUUGAAGAGGGGAGUUCCAGCGUGUCCAUCAUAACGCAUAGAGGGGAGAAUAGGAGAACGGUUGGAACGGUUACGGGGAGAAGUAGAGAGUGGAGGGAAAUAGCAGUGAGAAACGGUGGUGGGGGUGGCGGUCGAACAAGACAAGGGAGACGAAGAGAGAGAGAAGAAGCAUGGGGGCGGUGGCUGCUCUGCUACGGCCGCCAUCACCAUCCGUCCCAUCCUAUAGUAAACUCCGAAGCAGCAGUCCCCAAUCUGUCUCCAUGUGUGUUAGUUAGGACCGUGUUUUACCGGUGCUUGCUACUCCAAGCUGGUAGUAACACCGACAUUUCUGCCUUGCCCGCUCUCUGCGAUGCCCUAGCAUCAACUCCCGAUCACCGUCGCGCUCUUCCCUCGUUCCUUUCUUCUCUCCAUCUUUUUCCCGCUAUUCUUUCCCUCCAGUCAGUCUCCGUAAGUGUGUGGUUUUUUGCCUCGGUGCGUGGGAAAACGUAUGCGUACGCGAAUGAAAAGAAUCGGUAGAAAAGGAGAAGGCGGUGGAGGAGGAGGUGGCAGAAGAAGAACAGCGUAUCGCUUUCCGCACGAAUCGUUUCCAGGGAUAUAACCGGUGCGCGCUGUCUUCCUAUCCGUUUUUCGACGUUCUUUUCAUUUAUCCUAGUUCGUCAAAGAGAGAGUGAUAUAUAGUGUGAUUAAUUAGGAAGUCGUAACAGUGCAUCACACCCAUAUCUUAAAUUCGUUCCUCAAUAUACUCACGGAUUCGUUCGAGACAUCGAGCGAUCCUUCAAACAGCGAGCAAGAAGAAGCGGUCCAGACACGAAACGAUAUCAUCGAAAGAAGAUUCUUUGCGUGGAUGCAAAUCAAACACCGUCUUUAAGACGCAAAGCAUGAGAUCGAAUGAAUAUACAUGCGAUAAAGCAGGCUAUACCUUGGGACAUAAAAUAAUAAACGAAAUUUAAUUACCCCGUUCGUUGUUCCUCGUCCGAAGAAAUCCUCCAAGUUCUUAAGAUACACUCGUAAUCAUUGGUCUGUGGCAUAUACACGAUGAAACGGACGUCGAAGAUCCAACGAGGCUAAAACGCGUCCCACCCAAUCGGUCCUCUCGAAUCAUCGUCGUGGAAUCAUCACUUAUCGGACGAGGGGAACGAAGGAACGGACGAACUAUCCGUGGACCUCAGCGCUGCCGCCCGCUGGAAUUUCUCCUGUCGUCGUCUCCACAUAACCUCUCUCUUUCUCUCGUCUCUCGAGCCGUUCUCUUUUCACCACCUCUCACCUCUCAGUCCCUGUUAUCAUUCUAUUGCUCCUUCUCUGUCUCCCUCGCGUAUCCAAACACUUGACUUCAUUCGUCUAUUUCACAUCGAAGAGAAGAAACGUGAUCAACAUUCCCGUGUUUCGUUGAACUCGUUGUGCGCGCGAGUGACACGGCUGCUUUUUAAUGAUCGCGGCCGCGGUAAGUGCUGGUCGUUGGUUCUGGUCCUACUGUCUGAGCUGUUCACCACCUCGUGGAUAUCCAGACUCGAAAAUCAAUCAUCUAUGAUCAAGACGCAAAGGUGAUACUCGCUCGAUCCUUCAUAUACGUACGAAGCAGUCUUGUUACCAUCGUACGUAACCUAAAAGCAAACGAAAGAUAGAAUAAGAAAUGAUACUGAACAGCCGUGCACUAGAACGUUGGUGGAUGUGAAAUAACAAUAACACUUGGAAUAGUCGUAACGAACGCACGCUGUCCAGUUUUCUCCGUCGUCCGAUUAAACUCUUGUACGGACGGACGUUGAAGCCUCUGUUUCGUAUCUCUAUGCUCCUCGACACUAGAACAGCCGAUUAUCGUUGCUUUGUACUGGCAGUACGUUAUUUAUCGAACGAUUCAACGGAGAAACGGGGAGGAAGGGUACAACCAUGUGUCGCCGCUGUACCUUGAAACGUCACAGAUCACGCUGGACGAACUCUUGAGCGGGAUCGCAAGACGCGCUGCUGCUACCGAAGCAUUCAACCUGGCGGAAUUGUCGAAGAAACGCAAGACGUACCUCGGGGAGCACUGGCUCGCGCUCACGCGAAUAUGAGCAUGACUCUCGUCCGCAAUACGUUCAAAGGUUGCAGCGAGGACGAGGCAGCAGGUGUCGUGAACGCGGAGGUGGGCGGAGGUUGCGCGGCCGGGGCGCCAACCACAGGAAGUGGCGUUGGAGGUGGUAGCGGCACAGGUAGCGAAGCCGGUAGUGGUGGUGGAGGCGGUGGUGGAGCAGGAACAGGAACAGGAGGAGGCGGAGGAGGCGUCCGUGGUGGCGGCGGCAGCGGUGGCGGCGAGGGCGGAUCGACGAAGCAGGGUGGCGAGAAGUGUCCCCAGUGCGGCUUCCUCUGUCGGGACGUCCACGUGCUUCAGCUCCAUCUCGAGGACACGCACAAGACCCCGUACGCCAUCGACAAGAACGAUCUCAACGCUCAAUUCCCUCAAGUGUCCUGCAGGGUGUGCAGCAAGACUUUUGCUAACGUCUACCGACUCCAGAGGCACAUGAUCAGCCAUGAUGAGAGUGCCGUGCUUCGUAAGUUUAAGUGUCCCCAUUGCGAGAAAGCCUUCAAGUUUAAGCAUCACCUCAAGGAGCACCUCCGCAUUCACAGCGGUGAAAAGCCAUUCCUAUGCAACAACUGCGGCAAGCGCUUUUCCCAUUCAGGCUCGUAUUCGAGUCAUAUGACCUCGAAGAAGUGCCUGAUAGUAAAUUUAAAAAAAUCCAGGCAUACGAAUGUGAGCAACGUGGAUCGCGGGCCGAAAAAGGCGCAACAACCCCUGCCGCCGGGGCGGCGUGAGGUCGACCUGCUCGCGGCGAAUAAUAACACUUUCCUCCCUAUUCUGCCGAAGCUUUCACCCUCGGAUUAUCAGGAGAUACAACGGGAAGGAGCGGGUAUUUACGAUAUGCCGACCCUUCUGCCACAAAUGAUGGGCUUCGGCAGCUACUUUCUGCAGGCAUCUUUGGGCAAGAUCUUAAAUCAGCUACAUUCCAAGAGAUUGGACGAGGUAGCCGAGAAAUUCGAAUCUCAUCGGGAGCUCAUGAGCCCGUCGACAGCGGACUCUGAGGGCACGGAAGGCACAGAGGGUAAAGAAUCACCAGCACCGACUGAUCCUCAGGGUCUUGACGCCGUUCGACGUAUCCUUGAAACGGUGAACACCUCCGUCACGAAGCAACUGCUCGAAGCGAACGUGAGGAAAUUGUCCACCUCGCCGGCCACGAUGAAACGAGAGUUCGAGGAGGAUUAUCAAGAUCAAGACAGCGAGAUGUCCAGCGAGAUGGCACAUUAUCCAGACUGGUCAGCAGCGGAUCAAUAUGAUUCGCAGAGUGAAGGUUUGGCGGCGAAGCUCGAGGACGUGAAUCAACCCAGUGCGAAAUCAGGUUACAAGAGAAAAGCGGAGGAUAGCUCGGAGGCGGACUCGGAGGACGAGGAGGAUGGUACACAAACGCACAAUGAUAACGGAAGGAGAGUCAGGGCUAGAUCGUUGAUAGAUGAUGAGCAAUUGGCUGUUCUCAAGGGUUACUAUGCCAUUAAUCCUCGACCCAAGAAGGAGGAGAUCAUCAUGAUCGCCAAUUACAUCAAUUUUCCUACUCGUGUCGUACAGGUUUGGUUCCAAAAUUCCCGAGCGAGGGACCGACGAGAAUCGAAGAUACCACCUCUAGUACCAUUGGCAAAUCCGACCAGUCAGACCGCAUACGAACAACCAUUAGAUUUGUCGAAGAAAGAAGUUCUCACAGAGACAGCGUGCAAAGACAGUGAAACUGUCUGUGCAAAAUUCACAUCAUCGUCUCCCGUUGAACCGAAAAACGAUAAUGCGCCGUCGCAUAAUCAAGAUGCGGAUGAUCUGGAGGAUUCGCCACUCGUUAUUGACGAAGAGACCACCGAUUCUGUAGAAACGAAACGUACGGUCCCGAUGGGGGGAGAAAUUGUUCCGAAGAGUCAACCUCAGACAAAUGUAAAGAACGAAAGUGAAAACGCGAGUCAACCAGUGGCUUCGCCAGCAGCGGAGAUCGAGCAGGGUGUCUACUUCUGUGAUCGGUGUGACAAAACAUUCUCCAAGCACAGUUCCCUAGCAAGGCAUAAAUAUGAACAUUCCGGGCAAAGGCCGUACAAAUGCGUGGAGUGCCCAAGGGCGUUCAAGCACAAGCACCAUCUGACCGAACACAAGCGACUGCACAGCGGCGAAAAGCCCUUCCAGUGCUCCAAGUGCCUCAAGCGCUUCUCUCACUCCGGCUCCUACAGCCAACACAUGAAUCAUCGUUACUCUUACUGCAAGCCGUAUAGAGAAUAGAAGUAUUCCCGCUAGUUGAAACGAAAACUCUCUCGCUGACUUAGCUAAGUAUGUACGGUCCUUUUUUUCCUUCUACGACAAGGGACUCAGCAUUUAAUGAAGAAAAAGAAGCGAAUUUAAAAACGGGAAAUAAUAUUAUAUCUCGCGAUAAAAUAAAACGCCUGGGAACCACGUUAGGAGAACGGCAAGUACACCUAGCGACGAAUUUUUCCAAUCGCGAUCUCGCGCACGCAUUUUACCCGUGAAAAGGCUUGCGUUAAACACAGCAAAUAAUAAUCAAAGCCUAAAAAAUAUAUUUAACUGGAGAAGGAAACGCAUGUUGAUCGAAAAGGAAAAUGAAAAAUGAAAUGCCAUUCUGAUGAAAAAAAAAAAAAAAAAAUAGAAAAUUGAAUGAUACGUUGUAUUAAAAAGAUUAAAGAUAGCGAAUGAGACUCGAUAGUCGCGACUCUCCUGUUCGAGCAAACAACAUCGUCCAAGUGUCACGUGAGUUUCUUCUCAAGUUCGUUCUCGCUGAAACAAAGAAAGAAGCUAAAAAUGAUAAAAAAAGGAAGCAGAAAAGUGAAAAGUAAAAAAAAAUGAAUUCGCAGCGACCUUGGGUCGACGAGAAUUAAAAAAAAGGAAACCAAACAUGCAACGGUACCAAAAAUGCAUAAUGCAAUAAUCUAUUAUAUAUUAUAUAUAAUAUACAUAAUAUUUUAGUAUUUUUAUUAACAAGAUUAUUAUAUAUACCAUGACAAUAAUAAGGAAACUAAUUAACGUACAAAUUUGUUAGCCACGUUCGCACGGGGCACGCGAUGUAAUUCAGUCGCGACGCGCAAAUUGGCGAAGGGAUAUGGUGACGUGAUUUGAAUGUUUCAUUUUUGACCGAGUUGCGCGUGUGCAGUUGUACAUUUAAUAACGAAUGAACUAAAAUUCAAAGUAAUAUCCUGUACUGGAAAGUAACAAUGUUUAAAAAGUGCAGAAACCAUUUUCUAGAUAUUUUUACCAAAUAAUUAAUUUACAAGAAAAAAAGGAAAGUUAAAAGUGUUGGAAAAAUAAUCUUUCGUUUCUGAGACAUCCAAUCGAAUGAUAUUCUUCAGCCUUAAUUCCUUCGUUCACUAAUGUUUUGGAACAGCACGAAGUUUGAAACAUAUUAAGAAUUUAAAGUAUAAAAAUUCAUAUUACUAAAAAGACAAAAAAAAGAUAAGUGCGCGCAUGCAAUUGGAUAAGAACGAACACCAUAGGUAAAUGCUGGGAAAGGUUGAAGCACCGGACAAAAAGAGAAUACAUUUGAAUUUAAACCGCUAAACUGAGAGAGCUUAAACGCAAAUUCCGAUGAAUCGCUGAGAACGGAGACUAGAAUUUCUAGUCCCCUGGUCUAUCCUCACCGUCGAGAAAGCUUUUUUCAAGCUCGAUGCAGGAGGAUUCGGCCAAAUUACGAUUUAUUAUAGCGUCGAGGUGUUUCUGGGCCUUAUCUAUCGGUGAUCGAUGCCAUAACGAAUAACUUUCGAUCCUUAUGUACUUACUUUAAAUCCAAAUCACAUCUUCGUAUAUUUCCAUAAUGUUACGUGAGAGAUUCAUAUAUUUCAAGUUCAUUUUUUUUUGCAGAUCUCACGAUAGUUUUAUAAUAUCAAUCCUAUAUAAAUUAGUUCUUACUCUCAGUUAUUAACACUAGGACUAUCAAAUAUGUUAAGAUGACCAUUUCUAGCUUUCUUUUUUUUUUUUUGUUUGUCAUUACUAAAAACACAUAAAAGCUUUUGAUAAAAUUAAUGUUAAUGUAUAUUUGGGUCGAAAUACGAUUAUAUACUUGUACUUUAUUUUUAUCCUACUACCUUAAUUACAAUUAUUUAUAUAUUUGUAUUUUAUAUAGUUCUAGUGUCAAUUUUAAUAAUUAUAUAAGUAUUUUGUACAUUGUUUUCUCUUUCUGUAAGUUAAAUUUUCCUUAUUUUCUUGAAUUAUUCAGACAUACGGUAAGUUAAGCUUCAAGCAAUGCACGUAUUUCUUGAUUUAUUCAACGUUGUUAUUAUUUAAUAUUUGAAUCUCUGCGUAUCAUCCAUUUACGCUAAAAAGAAAAGAUUUAGAAAAACGAAUGUUUCGCAUCGUAGGAAGAAACAAAACAAAUGCCUUAGACAUUCCGUAAAAAUCAACGCGCUACCGGUGCUCCUUUUUUAGUUAUUCAUAGAUCACGAAAUAUGAUCAUGGCCUCUCGUACUUUUUGUAGAGCUCAUGUGGUCUCGUUGUCAUCAUAAGAGAUUUUAAUUGAACCCGACGAGCUCAUCACAUUUGUUUCUGGCGCCUGAAAGGGAAAUGGCAUCGAGAACCUUGCAAUACAAAAAAAAAGAAAAGAAGAAAAAAAGAAACACAAAAGGAAAACAUUGAGAAAAAGUCCCUUCACCGAGAUCCGGGCCCCGAUCAUAAACUCUAA